AUGGCAGAUAUGGCAAAGUUUGAAGAGGAAAUUAGCAAGCUGAAGACCCUCGAAAAAGAUCGCGAGAAAUACUUCAGCAGUCGCCAGGAGAUGGAAAUGAGAUUGACGGAGAGUAAAAAUGUCAAAGCGGAGCUCGAUCUGAUGGAUUCGGACUCGAAGGUCUACAAAUUGAUGGGUCCUGUCCUUGUUCGUCAGGAUUUAGAGGAGGCUCGGUCCACCGUCGAGAAACGCCUUGAAUUCAUCGAAUCUGAAAUCAAGCGAGUGGAGGCGAGCAUCACCGAUGUGAACAAGAAGUCGAUAGAACAACGUGACAAGGUGAUGAACAUGCAGAAGGCGUUCCAAAUGAUGGCUACGCAAGCCCAGCAACAGGCCGCCCAAAAGAAAUAA